UAGAGACGAAAGGUAACGUGUGGUGUUACCUAACCAGCGCCCGUCUUCCUAGCAUGGCGCUUCGGCCCUAUACCUACGCUCUUUUAUUAUCUUAAAUUUACCGUGAUUCUUUCAUUCGACACGAUUCAAGAAUAAAAGAAGGAUAAAUAUACAAGAGAGACGUCUCGUCUUGCAGAAAGAACAGAGAUGUCUAACUUAUACUCCAAGAUCACCGCCAAGCCGUUACAACGGUAUCAAGAUAACGUCACGGUCAAGCAAACCAAUGCUUGGGUCAACGCGGAAUCUCCAAGCAAUGUAUCAGAUUCUCCUCCAUCUGUAAGCCCUCUGUCCUCUUGCAUUGUAUUGCAACGAGAAAAAAUAAUAUAUCAGCCCCCUAGUGCUCCUACAUCGCCACUGUCUUCCUUAUCGUCGCCUGUAACUCAUCUAAAUCUUUCAUCGCCUGAAGACUGUACACAAGAUCCUAACUGGCAAGCAACAAAGACUACAGUUCGGGAACGUAAUGCUGCUAUGUUCAAUAACCAUCUCAUGGCAGAUAUUAUAUUUAUUGUUGGUAGUCCAGGCCAUACGCAAACUAUACCAGCACACAAGUAUGUCUUAGCUACUGGUAGUUCCGUAUUCUAUGCCAUGUUUUACGGUGGACUAGCAGAAAAUAAACAAGACAUAGAAGUGCCAGAUGUAGAGCCAGCAGCUUUCCUUGCUCUGUUAAGAUAUAUGUAUUGCGACGAAGUACAAUUAGAAGCUGACACAGUUUUAGCAACGCUUUACGUUGCUAAAAAGUAUAUAGUUCCACACUUAGCACGUGCGUGCGUCAAUUAUUUGGAAACAAGUUUGACUGCAAAGAAUGCGUGUUUACUUCUAAGCCAAUCUCGACUAUUUGAAGAACCAGACCUUAUGCAACGAUGCUGGGAAGUUAUAGAUGCUCAAGCAGAAAUGGCACUAAGAUCCGACGGUUUUGUAGACAUUGAUAUUCAUACGCUUGAAUCCGUCUUAUCUCGAGAAACAUUAAAUUGUAAAGAGAUUCAUGUCUGGGAUGCUGCAUUAAGAUGGGCUUCUGCGGAAUGUUUAAGACAAGAUCUCGAGCCCACAUCCGCGAAUCAACGACAAUUAUUAGGGUCUGCCCUGUAUCUAAUUCGACUUCCAGCUAUGAAUUUAGAGGAAUUUGCUAAUAGUGCUGCACAAACUGGCAUACUAACGCAACAAGAAACAAUAGACGUUUUUCUACACUUCACUGCAAGUAACAGACCGAUGCUGUGUUUUCCCACAAAAGCACGACAAGGAUUAAAAACUCAGGUUUGUCAUAGAUUCCAAUCGUGCGCUUAUAGAUCCAAUCAGUGGCGCUACAGAGGAAGAUGUGAUUCGAUCCAGUUCAGUGUUGACAAAAGAAUUUUUGUGGUUGGUUUUGGAUUAUACGGAAGCUCUACUGGUGCUGCGGACUAUAAUGUUAGAAUAGAGCUUAAAAGACUGGGCUGUGUCUUGUCAGAAAAUAGUACAAAAUUUUUUUCUGAUGGAUCAAGCAGUACAUUUCACGUGUAUUUUGAAAAUCCUAUACAAAUAGAACCAGAGUGCUUUUAUACGGCAAGUGCAAUACUCGAUGGCGUAGAAUUAAGUUAUUUUGGUCAAGAAGGUAUGACCGAGGCUACAGUUGGUAGUGUAAAUUUUCAAUUUCAAUGUAGUUCUGAAAGUACUAAUGGUACAGGUGUUCAAGGUGGACAGAUACCUGAAUUAAUUUUCUAUGGCCCACCAUCAGACGAUUGAUGUAAAUUUACGAUCUAAUUAACACUUUGAUCGAAGUGUUUUGUUUUGUUGUUGUUUCGAAAACAAACAAAUAUUUUACGGCUAUUCGGUGGCUAUCAUUUAAAAAAGAAAAAAAAAACAAUGAAAGAUAAAACUUGCACAUUUUGUCGACCUAUUAAACGAUAUAAGUUCAGUUUGGUAGAGUAAAGCUCUAUUGUGUGGGAAUUUGCACAUGAUAUGUAUGUAUGUAUAUUCUAUUAUGAAAAUAGUUUAGUACACAGAUCUUGUAUUAAAGUAUGCCCACCCGGUAGAAUAUUUUACUCUACUCUAAAAGAAUAUUUUGCAGCAAAGAAACUAUUGCAACCUAUUAAUAUCGUCACUCUGGAGAGUUUAGUAAAUAAGCAAAUAUGACAGAUGCACUUUAAUCUGAACAUUUUUGGAAUAUAUAUUCUUCGCUGUCAUAUGAAAAAAGAUCAAUUUAUUUUAAAAACAAAUAGUGUUCAAUCUUAAUGGUCAGAUAAAAGUAAUAAAGCAUAAAAUAAGGCAAUAAGGAAAAUAAAUAUGUAUUAAUAUUACUCAUUUUACGAUGACAGUAGUAGUAAAUUAAUUAGAAAUUUUUGAAUCGGUUGAAAAUACGUUGUAACAUAACGAUAUAUAAUAAUCUUAAAUUUCAACUAAAUGGAUAAAUAUUUUUGGAACUACAUAACUGAGAUAUUUGUAAAACAAAACAAAAGUAUCGUGUGGAUUAUAAAAUAUUGUUAAAAAUAUCUCAUUUCAUAAUGCAACACUUCUUUAAAUAGACGUAACUUGAAAUAUUGAAAUAAUUCGGUUUCUACCUAGCCAAAUGAGUCCAUAUUACGUUGAAUAACCAAUAUAUCAGUUACUAUUAUAAAUUGUAUUAAAACGUCAGUAUUUAUAUAACAUAAAAGUAUAAUUCUGAUAUUAAUUUCAUCUAAUAAAAGUAAAUGCAUAAUAUGCAAAGACUUGGUUUUGCAAAAGAAAAGAUUCAAACUUAUAUCUUAAGUCGUGUUUCAGUAAAUUAAGAUUUAUCAUUUKUUCCCCCCCCCCCCCMUUUUUWUUUYUUUUWUAAAUUUUGCUAAUAUUUGUAUAUAAUUGUGAUAUUGUUUUUACUUGAAUAUCAAAAUUUAACUAAACAUUUUUAAUUUAUCCUUGUACAAUAUACCAUAUAUAAGUGUAGAUAUUAAAGUAUUAAACAAAAAGUAAUGCAAAAAGAUAAGAGAUCAAGGAUUGUUCAAUAUCGCAAAUAACAAUAUUAUUGUAAAGUAGUGCAUUUAUCAUUAUUCUCUAUCUCUAUGGUCAUGAGAUUUAUCCGUCAUUUAUACUUUUCAGAAUAUGAAUAUUAGAAUUAGAAAUGAAAUCGUUUUGUGCUCAGUGGCAAUGAAUUGUAAAUAUUCAUAAUAAAAAUAUACAGAAAAGAGAUCUAUAUAAUGAUAGAAAUGUAUUAUGAAAAUCUGUAACAUAUGUGGGUUCUGAAAUAGGUAAACACCAUUUGAAGAGAAAAAAAAAUUAAAUUAUUAACUGCAUCAUUUGUACCAAAAAAAGAAACAAUAUUGUGAUUUUUCUGGUGCUGAUGAAGCUGAAUUAGUCAUUGUUAUUCUUGCAAUAAAUUUAAUGAAUAUUUAACAGA